UUGCAUCCAGCAGCUCCGCUGUCCUCCAUCAGCAAGAGACGAAUCUCCUGUAAGGACCUGGGCCGUGGAGAUUGUGAGGGCUGGCUGUGGAAGAAGAAGGAUGCUAAGAGCUAUUUCUCACAGAAAUGGAAGAAGUACUGGUUUGUUUUGAAGGGCGCCUGCUUGUACUGGUACAUGAACGAGGAGGAUGAGAAGGCUGAAGGGUUUGUCAGCCUCCCCGAGUUCAAGAUCGACAGAGCCAGUGAAUGUCGCAAAAAAUAUGCGUUUAAAGCAUGCCAUCCCAAAAUCAAGAGCUUCUACUUUGCAGCGGACGGAGUGGAUGAUAUGAACAGAUGGUUGAGUCGUCUCAACAUGGCGGCAGCUGGCUAUGCAGAAAGAGAGCGAAUCCGUCAGGAACAGGACUACUGGAGUGAAAGUGAACACGAAGACAAUGAGACGCCCUCGACGCCCAAGCAAGACAGCCCACCACCCCCUUAUGACACGUACCCACGGCCACCCUCAAACCCAGUGAGCGUUGCCAGUCCUUACCUAGAACCAAAGCAUGGGCGUCUCUCAUCCACAGAAACUUCACACUCUCGCUCCUCUCAUGAGGAGUACCGCUCCGAACCUCAAGGGGGCAGCAGCAGCGGUGGAGGUUCCCCUGCACGGAAGUCCGCCAGCCAGCGCCGUUCAUGGCAGGACCUGAUUGAAACCCCUCUGACCAGUUCUGGCCUCCACUACCUGCAGACCCUGCCCCUAGAAGACGCUGUGUUCUGUGAGCCGGGGGCAGGUCUUUCUCCAGAAUAUCGCCGCCAAUCCACUCUACCUGCCCAACGCACACUGAUGCAGGAACAUUAUGGUCCCUUCCCAAUGCUCGAAGGGGAGAGGCUCAGAGACCCUGCUAACACAGUCGGGAAACCCCGCAGCUUUACCUUGCCACGGGAUAGCGGCCUGCAUGCCCUCCUCACACCCUCUGCCACCAUGGCGGAUCAGCGGGACCCCAGCCGCAGGGAGCUCAGCCGUUCUAACUGCAUCAAUAAUGGCGGGGAGCCGGAGUGCCAUCGGCAGGCGGAUUCGCUUGGUGAUUUGUACCGGGCACUGGAGCGUGCCAGUCUGUCGCCCAUUGGUGAGCACCGCCUUUCCACCCGUCUGGAGUACAAACACCUUUUCAUUCGGCGUUGCAACGAUCCACAGCUAAAUGACAAACUGCAUCAUCUCCGCAUCCUGCAGAGCACGCUAAAGGACAGGGAGGGCGAGGUAGCACUGAUUGACAAGCUGCUGGCCAAUCCUAAACUCACAUCCUCAGAGUUCCAGGAAUGGAAGAAAGUUUACAUGGAGCUGUAUUCAGGGGAGCCCCAGCGGGACCGUCAGCCCAGCCCUGCCUCUGAGCCCAGCCCUGCCACCACGCCUGAACCCGCCCCCCGCACGCCCUCCCUCUCGCACACGCACUCCUACAUCGAGACUCACGUCUGAUGCACACUUCAGACUCAAGAAUAACACCACACUGUUUGAAGUAGUUGUCGCUCACUUGCACGGACUUUCAAGAUAAAGUUUGGGGUGAAUUGGUGUUUAUGGAUCUGAUAUUUUAAUGAUGUGGCUGUGAGGGAUAUAUGAUGAUGCACUGAUGCAUGAUUUGAAAAUGCAGUUAAAUUGUUUCGUAAUUAUUCUACAAUUACCAAGAGGCCCAGAUUAUAUGCACAAUAAAUUGUCUUAAUUUAUUGUGCAUAUAAUCUGGGCCUCUGGGUAAUUGUAUAAUCAGUUAUGUUCUGAUUAUAUGUGCUAUAUUAUAUUAUGUGCUGAUAAUUUUAUAAUCAACUCAGUUAUGAAAUAUAGUGUUUAUGUUCUACUAGAAUAUCUGAUGAUUUUAUUUAGGUAUCUGCCAGUAAUAGUUAAUGUUUUCACCCCACUUGAUUUGAAAAAGGGCUUUUUCUGUCUGUGUGAGCUUUUUGGAUUAGUAUCUUACUAAUAUAUUAAUAUGCUUAUACGUUUUUUUAAAUGAUUUCAAAUUGGAUCAGCCAUCAUCUAAUGCUCACCAAAAAGUUCCUGAUCGAUGAUUUAAUAACACUGUUAAAUCUCAAAAUGAAAAUCCAUUAUAAUUUUGUGAUGCCUAAAUUCACAUUAAAAGUGUAUUUUAAACAAUUUAUUUUAGUUUUUAGUGUUUUAUUAGAAAAAAAAAUGCAUAGAAUUAAAAUUUUGGGCAUGAAAAUAUUGGAUCAGCUGUAAUUUUACUAUCUGUGAUUAUUAUAUAAUCUCAAAAAUUAUAAAGAUAUAUUGUAAUUAUUAAUUAUAUUGUACUGUUAUCCCUCACAGUCUCGUUUUCAUUCACAUGAAAUGGUCCUUUAACACAAAUUCCCUUCUCACUUUUCCUUGUACUUUCCCAUCCUGACAGCAAUCGCAGACUCAAUCUACUUUUUAAAUACUUGAAAACACUGUUUACGCAGGCACAGAUAUCUGUACACUCUCAAUGGCUCAACUCACAACCAACGGGCUUCAGAGUAUGCCACUUCUGCACAUGUGGUUGCCAUGGUUACGAGUCCUCUAAGCGGCUCAGACGAGGAGAGACAAAGCCUUCGCACGGAGAACGAACCUGGCACACCUCUAGACAGGAAUCAGAGCACUUGAUCAUGGAAAUGGAAGCUUCGGACUGAACUCUGAGAGGAAAUGCAUGUCUGAGGCGGCCUUUGAACACUAAACGCACUGACUCUCACUCUGUUGUGCUGCUGUACCUGUGUUUGGCUGUCUUUUUGAAGCAAAUCUCACAGUGGUCUCGCAGACGGUCAUCACACAAGUUAUCUGCCAUGUUUAUAUGCCACUUAAGCAUACCAUAUACUCUAUUGUAUCAUACUAAAUAUUCAUGAUAUGCUGUUAUACAUCGGCUGGCCCCGACUUAUAGCAUUUGUACAUUUUCGUUGGAAGAUGCGUGCGUGUGCAUGAACAUGGAAAACUAAUGUGGUUACCUCGUCUAACCACAAUCUCCGCAGGGUCCUUUAAUAUACCAAGAAAAGGCAUUUAAAGAAAUAUUCGUGGUUCAAAAUCAGUUAAUUUCUAUUCACAGCUUCCGUGGCUUGGUGUUUUUCACCACCGUCAGUAAUUUUGACUCGACUCAUAGUAAAGCUCUCAGAAUGGAAGUCUAUGGGACAAGGCAAUGGAACAUUUUCAGGCAGAAAUGUGCAGCUUGGAUUCUUGUUAAUGUGCUUAUAUCAAUUCUUCCAUACAAAAAUAUAAAGUUGUGAGACUUCUGGGAAUUCCUGAGGGUGGAUUUGAUUUACACUUAUUUGACAAAAGUUACGAUGAAGGUUUACAGACAUCACACAGUCAAAAGUUAAGACUGGAAAUGACAAGGUCAUACAGUAUCCACAGAUUAGUAAAGCUGUAGUAGUUUGUGAAACCUUAUUAGUAUUAAAAUUAUUGGAUGCAUAGACUAAUGGUACCAUAUUCGAUUGUUUUAUUGUAUCAUUGGGGUACACAUCAGCAAAUAUUAAAUCUGUAAAAUGUUGUGAUGCCUAAAUUUAAUGCAUUUGAAUGCAAAUAUAUGUGAACUGAGUUUAUUUGUAACUUAUUUAGAAUAUUCUUUUAUUUAACACACAAGUAUUUUUUCAAAAAAACAGAAAUAAAUUAUUGGCUUAUCCAUUUUGGCCAGUUGAAAUAUAUCAGUGCAUAUCUAAUCAUAAUGGUAAUAAUAACUUAUUAUAUUUAGCAAAAAAUAUUAUUCUGUUAGUCUCAUGUUGACAUGCAUAAUGUUAAAGUCCUGCGGAUCUAUGAUUUUUUUUUAAAUCAUUUUAAAAUUUAUUGUGGUCCAGUGCUUUGUCCAAAUCAUAAAAAGUCAAAAUAAUUGAAUGUAGUAAUUUACAGAAUGCCAUAAAUGCUGUAAAUAUUGUUCAGCUUGUUUUGAACCUGGAAUAUUUCUUCGCCUGUGCUGUAAACGCUUCUUGCCCGAGAGUAACACCUUGCUAAACUGGGCCUCUUGUAACGGAUGAACAUUCGGUGAAGUGUGUGUGCUUUGAUUGGUAGAAAAUAGCACAGGCUUCACUAUCCUGAAGCAGUAUUAUCUCUGUACUCGAGUCAGAUUGUGGAAGUUCUCUUUUCACUACGGUUCCCUGAUAAUAUGAGGUCAAAUUAUGUGUCUGUGCAAAGGAAAGUUCAUAAUCAAAAACAGUUUCACACGGGAUGCUCCUGGCAAAAAUGUGCACCCUUAAGUGAGCAGAGACGGCACUGACAAGUGAUUGUGUACCUGUGCAGAAGGUGUGCUGUUCAUCUUUUAUGCUUAAUCUGAAGUUUUAUGGAUUUUUUAGUAUUGUAUACCUCCGUUUGGACUCAAGUUUUCCAUUUCUACAAGCUGCCAUGCAGUCGUCCUGUGCAUUGCCAUGGGUUUAGGGACAUUUGUGUCAAGCAACAGUGAGAUUUAUGACAACCAAGGUCACCACGACACCGCUGGGCUCAGCCCAGGGACUCGCCGAUCAAAUCUGUUGCCCUGAACUCAACCCAGCAUCUGUCAGAAGGAGCAGCUCAACUCCUGAUAUUACAUCUAUGUCAAAGUUCAGGAGGUCGUCCGUCUUUAUAAACUCUCAAAGCAAAACAUCUCUUGCUACAUCGCUUGUAGAUGUACCACAAUCACAUUUAUGUUUUUUUUCUAAACCAAAGCUGCCAAAUGAUUUAAUGUCAGUGUUUCAGCUGUCAGAAAGGCCAUUCUCAGGCACUCGGCAAACACAAAGACGCUUUUUGUGAGGAUUUUAAAGAACAAUGAAUGAUCAGAAGAGUGUUUAUUGUAUGAUAAGAUGUGUAUUAUAUGAUGUACAUUGAUAUUUCAGGUAUGACUGACAUGAUGGAGCACAUUUCAUUCUGUACGUAAUUAAGACUAUAUUAGCUUGAUUUUGAUUGAGUGACUCAGGUGCUAAUGUGUCCAUGGGAAUCAUGGGAAUCCAUUAGCUCUUAGAGAAAGUGAUUACCAGUGGAUAUAGAGCUACUAGAACAGAUGUCUAUUGGUAUUUUACUUUAGUAAUAUAUCAAAGUUAUUAUUAAUUUAGUGCAAUUCAUGUUAUGUUUCCUUAGCAGUCCAUUUUUUAACAAAGUUGUUGUACAACAAUCUAGUUCAUCAAUAUCUGUGCUGCUGCCUGUCUUAAUUAUGAAUAGGGCAUGUAAUUUAGGCAGUGCAGUUUCCUACGUGUUGUGUUUAACGUACAACCUGGUAAAGUUUACUUUAUUUAUGACAUUAUUUAAAAAGAGUUAUUGCUUUAUCCAGAUUUAAGUGUGGUUAUACAGUACCUAGAGUCAAUAAACUUUUAUGGAUGUAA